UACAGUAUAAAAUAAGCGCUCCCUUGUGUUGACAAUGUCGCCCCUUACUGUGCUCAAACUCUAACCUUAUUUUAAACGCAAAGAAACGUUUUUUACAUAAUGAGGUCAUUUUGAACAUGUUUUCCUAAAAAUUCUUUUAUUUCGUGAUGUACAAUUUGUAAUUAUUAACAUCUGAAAGUGUUUGGUUAAUCAGAGGUGCAUUGUUUCGUAGGAAAUUACAUUUUAAUUGAACAGGGUUGUGUUGUUUUGAUUGCGUGCAGAAGGAAAACCAAACGGUUUCAAUAAAAUAUUAUAAGAAGAAGAUAUUAUUUGCCAUUGUGUUGAUAUUUAAAACAUAGAACAAUGUUUAAGCGUAAAUUUGAUCAAAUAGAAGACAGUAAUAUUAAUAAACCAAUAGCGAAAAAUUCGUUGGACUCAGACGAAGAAGAUGAUGAUGCUAAUGAAGAUAAUUAUAAUGUAAUGAGCGAUAAUGAAUUCGAAGGUGUUGAAGAUGGGCCAACUGCUCCAGAAGCAACUGUUGGCUUUACGGCAUUUAAUAUGAAAGAAGAAUUAGAAGAAGGGCAUUUUGAUAAACAGGGCCAUUACCUUUGGAACAAAGAAAAAGAAAUUAGAGAUAAUUGGUUAGAUAACAUUGAUUGGAUGCAGAUCAAACCGACUGCUACACCAAGUGUAAAGAAGGCAAGUGAAAGCAAUGAAAAACAGGGACUGGCAGAUAGCGAUAGCGAUGAUGAUGAUAAUGACGAUGAUGAUGACGAUGGUCCAGAUAUUAUGUUUAAUCCGCUUCAGAUUUACAAACAGAUAUUGGAGUUUUUACAACCAGGAGAAACAGUUUCCAAGGCUUUAUGUAGGCUCGGCAAAGGAAAGAAGAGAUUAACUACUGCAGAAAGAUGGAAAAGAAAACAAGAGAAGAAACCAAUUGAAGAUGACGAAAAUUCUAUCAAUAUAACAAAAUUAACAGAACUGGCGAAUGAAUUGCUAACACGAACCGGAAAUAUGGAUAUAUAUCAAGAAAGUUAUGAACAAAUUAGGAAAAAAGUUGAAAUGGGUGAGAAACAUGCUCAUCCUUCGAAACAGGAAGCAGAAUUAGAUAUGUAUGCUGAUGACUUUGAUGUCAAAGAGAAAGCGAAACUAGAUGAAACUGAAAGUACUGUUAAAGAAACAGAAAACUCUGAAAAAGAUGUAGACAAGGUGGACGAAGUAAUGUGGGAAUUCAAAUGGUCGCAAAACGAAACUGCGGAAAUUUAUGGUCCGCAUACGACCGAACAGAUGUACGCGUGGGCGAAAGAGGGAUACUUUAAGAACGGAGCUUGGGUUCGAAGAACGGGUCAAAACAGUCAGUUUUACAAUGCUGCCAGAGUGGACUUUGAAUUAUAUCUGUGAUGUUUCGCUCUAAUACGAUGAGAGAGCUAGGACUGUCAACUUUGAAAUGUAAAUUGCUGAAUUAGCAUUUUCUUUUAUUUGAAUGCAAUCGGAAACAACGUAUAAUCCUAACAGUAAUUAAAGGUUAAUAUCCUGUUAAACAUGUACAAUACUGUUACAACGUUUAACGAACAAACAUUUUGGUAUUUGAAACGAUAACGCAAUAAAUGUCAGAACUAACAAUCUUUUUUCUUUCUAUUUAAAUCGGAGUAUCGUCAGUAGUAAUACUGAAUAACAACUCAUUCCACACGCGUCAAAUGUAUAAAACAAACAUUUGUCCGUUCUUAAUACAUACCGCACAAAUAAAUGUAUUUACGGAAUAUA